UGGGAUUACAAUACUAUCCAGAUGUGGGCGGAUACUAGUUACAUGUUGAGUUGCACUAAUUCCACCCCAAUGGCGAUGGCGGGAACACUCCAAAUCCUACUCCUCAAUCCUCAAAAUGGGCGGCGUCCUCAUCUUCCGACGACCCAAACCCACUUCCCUUUUUCCAGAAUUAGCAGCAACAGAAACAUCAACAGGUCACAGCUUCUCAUUAGAGCCACUUCACAACACUCAAAUCAGGGAAGUGGUAGUGGAGACCAACUUCCACGGGCUACUGCGAAAUCAAACUCAAAUUGGGUAAAACCAAUUUGGAGUUUUGUAUCAAACAACUUUUUGCCUUUAGCUUUAAUUGGUGGAGUAACAUUAGGGCUUGUUAAUCCCACACUUGGUUGUCUUGCUGAUAGAUAUUAUCUGUCCAAAUUUAGCACUUUUGGGAUAUUUAUAAUCUCAGGGCUCACAUUGCGUAGUGAUGAAGUAGGUGCUGCUGUUGAAGCUUGGCCUGUUGGUAUUUUUGGUCUCGUUUCCAUUUUGUUCUUCACUCCUUUAUUUUCCAAGAUUAUUAUGCUGCUAAAGCUUCAACCUCAAGAAUUCGUCACAGGGUUGGCUAUAUUUAGUUGUAUGCCCACAACACUAUCUAGUGGAGUGGCACUAACUCGGUUAGCAGGAGGAAACUCUGCUCUCGCUCUGGCGAUGACUUUAAUAUCAAACCUUUUAGGAAUUCUGAUUAUACCUUUUUCAAUCUCUAAGCUCAUAGCUACUGGGGUUGGUGUGUCUGUCCCGGCUGAGCGGUUGUUUAGAAGCCUUGUUUUCACUCUUUUAGUUCCUCUUCUCGUAGGGAAGGCUUUACGAGAAUGUUUCAAAGGUGUGGCUGAGUUUUCUGAUCGAAAUCGUAAGCUUUUGGCAAUGUUGAGUUCUCUCCUCCUAAGUUUAGCCCCGUUUAUACAAGUGAGCAGAUCGAGGUCACUGCUUUUAUUGGUUAAGCCAGAAGUUUUUCUUCUGGCUGUUGUGUUAGGAGUGCUUCUGCAUCUCAUCCUCUUUGCUUUUAAUGCUCUGGCAAUAACAUUACUUUCCACUACUUCAACAUCUUUUUCAAAGAAGGAAAAUAUUAGUGCUCUUUUACUUGUUGCAAGCCAGAAAACUUUGCCUGUAAUGGUAGCAGUAGUGGAACAGCUCGGAAAUGCUCUUGGUGAAUCUGGUUUGCUGGUUCUUCCCUGCGUAGCCGCACAUUUGAACCAGAUCAUCUUGGACUCUUUGUUGGUGAACUUUUGGCUUCAAAAAGAUCGUGCUUCGGGUAAUCUGAAGACUGCUUAAGAUCAUCUCAAGUUCCCAGAUGGUAGGUGCUGCACACAAGAAGGAAUAAUUCACAUGUAAGUCAUUGAAGUCUAGAACUUCUAAUAGCGAUACUUAUUUUUCUGAUGAAGUUCCAAUGGUAGUAGCCUCAUUAACCUGGAAAGAUCAUCUGUAUAAUCUCUCCAUGAUAGUGAAGCUGAUGUAAAAUAACCAUCUUAUUGAAUUUAACAAUACUUAUGUUUCACACAAAAAGAAUAAAAACACGACCCUCUAACUUGCCCCAUUUUUCAUUUAGAUAUCUGUACUAAGGGUUGUACCUAUUGAACACCUAAACUCAAGCAAAAUUGUGUCUAUUAGGCACAUCUUGCACAGUUUUUGGCCCAAUCUUGGAGCGUCUCGCCAAACGCCUCCUUUGUGGAGUCUGGAGAGUUAACCAAUUAAAACAUUCCACCAUUUUAACUUAACACAUCAGAUAUAACUCUAGGAAAAUGUCGACCUGCUACUUUUUGGAGGAAAAGUUCUGGUCCAGCAAAAGCUUGGAGAGAUAAACUCCCAAAUUCCAUCCUUUCCUACUUAAAUUCAUCCAAUCAAACUCAAGAUCAUUUUAGUCUCCGAUAACCACCACAUUCCUCGUCGUUGCAAAACUCAGUCUUAACUCCUACCUGUUCCUCAUCGAUUAACCCCACAGUCAACACUGCUCCAUUUUCGUCAGUCAACAACAACUACAACAAAUCCAAUGUAAUCCCACAAGUGGGGUCUGGGGAGGGUAAUGUAUAAAUCUUACCCCUACCUUGUGUAGGUAGAGAGGUUGUUUCUGCUGGACCCUCGGCUCAAGAAAAGCAUAUUUCAAUCUCUGUCGGUCGUGGUGAUUAAAAUUCCUCAAAUGCAAAACCCUUUAACACUUAACAAGAAAUUCUCUAACUACACCCUAUAGUGGCCAUGGAAACUGAAACAUUUAUGUGGGUUUUUGGUUUCUGAUGGUGUGUUGCUGGGAGAAAUAUAAACAGAAAAAUAAAGAAAUAGCCAAGAACCAAGGAAAGAAGUGGGUGGAAAUAGAAGUGAAAACAUCUUGUAAUUGUUGUUUUCAUCUUAAUUAGUUUAGUUAUCUUGUUUCCGUGUAAAUGUUUCAGCACCUUCGGAUGAAUCUAUUUGUUGUUUUUUUUU